AUGGAGAUGCUCUCAAACGCGGUGCUCGGCGAUCUCGUGAGCAGGUCGAUCUCCUUCCUGUUCGCCAAGUACGAGAAGCAGGAGACGGAGGCCGUGCAGGAGGAACUGCAGCGGCUGCGGCGCCUGCUGCUGAGGAGCGGCACCAUCUUGGAGGAGGCCGAGCGGCGGCUCGUCGCCAACCGGGCCGUGCUCCGGCAGCUCAACGCCCUGAGGGACGAGAUGUUCCGGGGCUGUUACGUCCUCGACGCCGUCACGUGCCGAGCCGCACCCGGAGGAGGAGACGGGCGCAAGGAUGACGACCAUGGAAAGGACGUUGAGGCGAGACACCGGCACACCGCCGUGUGUUCUCCAUGUCAAGGAGAAGGAAAGGAUCCUGGAGUUCUUGCUGCAGAUGGAGCCUCCUGUGCAGCGCCGCUGGGUGUCCUUCCCAUCGUUGGCCCGGCGCAUAUCGGCAAGAGCGCUAUUGUGGAGCAUGUUUGCUAUGAUGAAAGGACUCCUCCAGGGCGGCGUUCGCAAAUCGCAAUGGAGAUGCUCUACAGCGCGGUGCUGAACGAGCUCGUGAGCAGGUCCGUGUCCUUCCUGCUCGCGAAGCGCCGGGAGCGGACGGCGGCGACCGCGCAGGAGGAGCUGCUGCUGCAGCGGCUGCGCGGCCUGCUGCUGAGGAGCUGCACGGUCGUGGAGGAGGCCGAGCGGCGGCUCGUCACGAACAACCGGGCCACGAUGCUCCGUCACCUGACGGCCCUGAGGAACGAGACGUUCCGGGGAUACUACGUCCUCGACGGCGUCAGGUGCCGAGAGGAGGAGGAGCAGGCGAGCCGCCGCGCGUUCGUACUAUCCAGGUUCAACCCGGCGAAGCGCGCCCGUGUCCCCUCCGGGGAUCCAGAAGACAGCAGGGCGAGGGCGCUUCGCUUGAGAGAGUUGCAGCAGGCGGUGCGCAGCCUGGAAGCCAUGAUCGGCGACAUGAUGGAGUUCGUCGUGUUCCUGACGAGCCAUUAUCCUCCCGUCCACCGUCAGCCUUACAGUGCCCAUCUGUUUGUGGACAAGUGCAUGUUUGCCCGCCACAUGGAGAAGGAGAAGGUCCUGGAGUUCUUGCUGCAGGUGGAGCCUCCUGGCGCAGCAAGGCUGGGUGUCCUUCCCAUCGUUGGCCCAGCGCACAUCGGCAAGAGCACGCUCGUCGAACAUGUUUGCUACGAUGAAAGGGUGCGCAACCAUUUCUCUUUAAUUCUGUUCUACCGUCAGAACAAUCUUAUGAACGAGACAGUGGCCAGUUUUAGAGACAAGUGCGCGAUCAAGCACCAGACCGAUAAUAAGGCCUCAGGUCAGAGGUUGUUGAUAGUCAUCGAGCUAUUAGAGGAUGCGGAUGAAGAUACAUGGAACAGAUUGUACUCUUCCGAAAGAAGCAUGGCACAGGGAAGUAGGAUGAUCGUCACUAGUCGAUCGGAGAAGAUUGUGAGGUUUGGGACGACGGAUGCUCUUAGGCUAAAAUGCUUGUCUACAGAAGCCUACUGGUAUUUCUUCAAGAUGACUGUCUUUGGGAGCGACGAUCCAGGGCAGCAUCCAAAGCUGGCGUCCUUAGCUAUGGAGAUGGCAAGUCUGAUGCAAGGCUCAUUCCUGUUUGCAAACAUUGGUGCCGUGGUGUUAAGAGAUCAUUUCGACACUCAAAGUUGGUCCAGGGCUGUCACAAGGAUAAGACAGUACUUGCAAAAGAAUGUCUCCUUGUUUGGUGAGUACACGGAUGACAUCAAGGACAAGAAUCAUCCUCGGUUUACUUGGAGCCUGAUCAAACAGAAACCUGACAGAUACUGUAUGCUCUAUGACAUUUACGAAAGAGCCUCCCAGGAGGAGGUUCCAGAGAUACCGUACUCAGACAUGCUGGACGGGUGUGCUCAACCAAACGGGACGUACGAGAUCCUGUUCUGGAAAUCUCGAAUCCCACCGUACCUUAACUACGUGUGUAAAUGUGAGAUACGCGAUAUGUAAACAUUCAUUUGGUGUCACAGAAGUGUGGGCAUGCUUUUGAGUUUUUGACUCUCGACUCCCUCCUGGCUGCUCCAAGGGUGGUUUCUGUUCCUGCUCUCAAUACAAAAGCAAAAGACGACUGAAAGAUCACUGUGUGCUGAUGUAUGGCGGGAUGGCGGCUAUGGUGGCUUGACUUUUGUGCUCUUAACUUGCAACUAUUAUGAUGGCAUGUCAUGUAGUUGCGUUAAGAUUUUCUGUCUCAAAUGUUGACCAGUGGGUAAUCAAAUUGGAUGGCACAUGAGAGCAGUUUGAGUAGAUUGUCCGGAGAGGACCCUACAAUGACUUUGUAAGCCCAGGUGAUUUGUUUGGACAAAAUGAAAUCAAAUCUGAAAGGGAGAUGGACAUGAUACUUCACA